AAAGGGGGGGCGGGCUCUCUCCUCACGUGCUCCCCCAGCUCGGCUCUUAACACUGGGCUCACGCCGCAGGGGGAUGGAGACGGCUCCCUGUUUCUGAGCUCUGGGGGCGGCCGCUUGGCCCCGGCCCCCCUCCCACCUCCCCUCACCUGCUCCUCAAAUCCCAGCCUCCCCAUCCCAAUCCAGCCUGGGAGGGAGACAGCAGAGGCAGCGACCCCCUCUCCAGCCCUCGCCUUCCUUCGCUGGCUGGCCCCCACCCCAGCCGCCCGGUCCCCGAGCCGGGCAUCUCCCUCCUUGUCCUCAGCCCCCAGACCUGGGGAGAUUAUGAGGGAAGGAUGAGUCGGAUGCUCCGCUGGGUGUUGGUGCCUUUCGUCGUUUUCUCCGCUCUCUUCCCACAGCCUGGUCUUGGUGGGGUGGCUGGGCCAACGGGAGCCCUGCAGUGGGGGAAACAGCCCUGGGACAGGGGGCUGCAUACUUCUGAGGUCACCCAUCCCAGCCGCCUGGUGGGGGAGAGCUCUGGGAGAGAGAUCAGCAAGCAAGAGCUGGACACCAGAGCACGAAAGGAGCCACCUGGGGGCCCGCCUGUCCACCUGGCCCAGGUGAGCUUCCUCAUUCCUGCCUUUGGUCUGAACUUCACUUUGGAUCUGGAGCUGAACCACCACCUCCUGGCUUCACACUACGUUGAACGGCAUUUCAGCAGAGAUGGGAUCACCCAGCACAGCACGGGGGCCGGAGACCAUUGCUAUUACCAGGGAAAGCUUCGGGGUAACCCGGAGUCCUUUGCUGCCGUCUCUACCUGCCAAGGACUACAUGGAGUGUUCUCUGACGGAAAUUUUACUUAUACCAUUGAGCCACAAGGAGAAACUUCCCAGGGGCCUCUCCCCCACCUCAUUCACCGGACCUCUCUUCUCCCAAUCCCUGGAUGCCGAGAACCAGGUUGUUUGUUUGCUGCCCCCUCACUUCCAGUUCCCCCGGCCCUGCCCAGGCUGAGAAGGAAAAGGCAGGUCCGGCGUGGCCACUCCACUGUCCACAGUGAGACCAAAUAUGUGGAACUCAUCGUGAUCAAUGACCACCAGCUGUUUGAGCAGCUGCGUCAGUCUGUCGUACUUACCAGCAACUUUGCCAAAUCUGUGGUGAACCUGGCUGAUGUGCUGUACAAGGAUCAGCUGAACACUCGAAUUGUGCUGGUUGCUAUGGAAACAUGGGCAGGCGGUGACAAGAUCCAGGUACAAGAUGACCCUCUAGAGACCUUGGCCCGACUUAUGGUCUACCGGCGGGAGGGACUCCCUGAGCCCAGCGAUGCUACCCACCUAUUCUCAGGCAGGACCUUCCAGAAUGCAAGAAGUGGUACAGCUUAUGUUGGGGGCAUCUGCUCCCAGUCUAGGGGAGGUGGCGUCAAUGAGUACGGUACUGUGGCAUAUGUGGCAGUGACAUUGGCUCAGACCCUGGGACAGAAUCUGGGCAUGAUGUGGAACAAACACCGAAGUUCAGCAGGCGAGUGCAAAUGUCCAGACACCUGGCAGGGCUGUAUGAUGGAAGACACGGGGCACUACCUGCCCCAAAAGUUCUCGCGCUGCAGCGUGGAGGAAUACAGCCAGUUUCUGCAGGAGGGAGGCGGAAGCUGCCUUUUCAACAAGCCCCUCAAGCUGCUAGAUCCCCCGGAGUGCGGAAACGGCUUCGUGGAGGCGGGGGAGGAAUGUGACUGCGGCUCGGUGCAGGAGUGCAACCGAGCCGGCGGGAACUGCUGCAAGAAGUGCACGCUGACCCACGACGCCAUGUGCAGCGACGGGCUGUGCUGUCGGGGAUGCAAGUACGAGCCCAGGGGGGUGUCCUGCCGGGAGGCUGUAAAUGAAUGUGACAUCGCGGAGACCUGCACGGGGGACUCCAGCCAGUGUCCCCCCAACCUGCACAAGCUGGAUGGUUACUACUGUGAGCAGGAACAGGGUCGCUGCUAUGGAGGACGCUGCAAAACCAGGGACAAACAGUGCCGGGCACUCUGGGGCCACAAUGCUGCUGACCGCUACUGUUAUGAGCGACUGAACGUGGAGGGGACAGAACGAGGAAACUGUGGGCGAAAGGGCUCUGGCUGGGUCCAGUGUAGUAAGCAGGAUGUGCUCUGUGGAUUUCUUCUUUGUGUCAACAUCUCCGGUGGGCCUCGGCUAGGGGACCUGGGUGGGGACAUCAGCAGUAUCACUUUCUAUCACCAGGGCAGGGAGCUUGACUGCAGGGGAGGCCAUGUGGAACUAGCAGAUGGCUCAGACUUGAGCUAUGUGGAGGACGGCACUCCAUGUGGCCCCAACAUGCUCUGCCUGGAUCACCAUUGUCUCCCAGCUUCGGCCUUCAACUUCAGCAGCUGCCCUGGCAGUGCAGGCCGCAGGAUCUGCUCCGACCACGGGGUUUGCAGCAAUGAGGGGAAAUGCAUCUGUCAGCCAGACUGGACAGGCAAAGAUUGCAGUGUCUACAACCCAAUGCCCACCUCUCCACCCACAGAAGAGACUGAGAAAUACAAAGGUCCCAGCGGCACCAAUAUCAUCAUCGGCUCCAUCGCAGGGGCUGUGUUGGUCGCAGCCAUCGUUUUGGGCGGCACUGGCUGGGGAUUUAAAAACAUUCGCCGAGGAAGGUAUGACCCGACCCAGCAGGGGGCAGUGUGAUGACAUCUCCUCCCCAUCCCACCCGCAUCCGCAUCCGCAUCCGUCUCCAUCUCCAUCAUCAGCCAUCCUGACCUCUCCAUCGGGCACAGACCUGAGCUCACCACCUGCCACGCCUAGUUCCCUUUGGGGGAGGGGUGCUAGGACCGGUGCUCAUUGCAGCCUGCCUGCCUUGGAUCCGGCUUUGCUCUUGGCUUCUCCGCCUGCUUCCCCACUGAAAGGGGCACUUUAUGGGUCAUCCUGUUCUACCACCAGCUCUCCACAGCCCCCACUACAGACCCAGGCCCCUGAAAUAUGCAGGGACUUAGACCUCCUUAACCUCUGUCCUUCAGCAAUAAAUAACCACAGCACUGGUCCCCCAGGGAGGGAGAAACGCAGGUCCCACAAUCCACCCGUCCCCCCAUCCCAUCUGUCAUGUCUUCCAUAUCAUCCAGUGUCUGACCUCCCGGCUCCUCCUCCCUGUUAGCCUCUCAUGCAUUCCUAACUUUCUCUUCAACCUCUAUGGAUUGUCAUGGUGACAGACAGGUUCUACUUAAGGAGCAGAUGUUCAGACAUCUGGGGUGGUGGUUGGGGGAAGAAGGCCCUGUUUUAGUUUUAUUUGCUUUAGCACCCUCCUUCCCUCCACCAUCUUGGGGGGUGGGGGUGGGGUGGGGAGGGACUCCCAGCCUGGGAUUGCCCUUACUUCCUCCUUGCCCAUCAGCAGUCUGACUGUUUCUGCGCUCAACCCGCCCCCCCACGCUCUCUGGUUCCUUGUUUCUCUUGCAGGUCGGGUGGGGCGUAACCUCCUCUCCACCCCCUGCCUGGCGCUCACAGUCACCAUCUGGAAGGGCAAAGGACCCAGCUGCCCUCAGCCCACCCACCGAGGAGCCAUGCCAUGCGAAAGUCUUCCCGGGGCCAAGGAAUCACACAGGCUCCCAAAGGGACAUCUUGGUGGGGAGGGUCCCUGGGCUGGAGGGGCUGCGGCCCCAUCCCCCGCACUACUACUACUGAGAGUGGGUGGGCCGGAGUGUGCACCCUGCCCCCCCUCUUCCACCUCAUGCCCAGCUUUGCCUUGUGUGCACUCAGCCCCUCCCCGUGUGAAUGUAGCUUCCAUCAUCACUGACUGUGCCCAGGCUGGGACUAUGGGCCAGAGGGCAUCAGUGAGGGAGGGGGUCGCCCACCAGCUGACACUGCACUACGAUCCUGGGGAACCUCGGCAGACUCUGCCUGCAAGACUGGUCCAGUCGAUCAACUACCAGGUCCCAGCGCCUCCACACUCAGCCUUCCGGGGCUGGGGGACUCACCCGCUCUUUGCCCCCGGCUCUGGCUUCCUCACUCUCCCAGCCAGAGCCUGGAGGUGGCUUAAAAUGUCUGAUUUUUUUUUUAUUGAGAACUAAAUGAUGAAUGUAACCACAAGGUUGGCAGGGACCAGGGUAGCUUUUAAGGGCGUUCUGGCAUUCAGGGGGAGAAGGAAGAAAAAAAGGAGAUAUAGGAAUUCUCCCUUCCCUUUGAUGGGAUCACAGUCCUAACUACAGAACAUACAUUUUCCCCAAACCUAAGGAGGAGUUUGGGGGAGCAAUCCUUACUUCUGUCUAUCACCAGUCCAGGCUGGAGCUUCCCCAGCCCUACCGAAACCCAGGACAGGCCUGAGUGUUGAAUUUAAACCAAAGUUGCCUGGUUCUGUGGCCAUGACCCCAGAAUGUCAAUGAGGGCCAGGGACUGGACUGGCAAUCCCAGGGAGGAAUACAGCAUGAGCUAUUUCCUUAUGGGCAGUUCUGGGACUAACUCAGGGUUUGAGGGCCCAUCGGGGUGACCUUAGAUGUUGGAGGCGGCCGAACCUCUCCCCCCACAGUGGGGAAGGGGUCCGAGGUAUUCUGUGAUUGGUGCUAUGGUAGGUGUCGGGGUAAUGGGGAAGGAAAGCACAGGUCCCCAUAGCAAUCUGCAAUCCAAGACAGGGCUUCAAGACUACUUUCCAGACACUCAAUUUAAACUCCCUUUCCUCCUUCCACCCCAACCCAAGGUCUGAGCAGUGUUUACAUAGGUUUUUGCUGCUGCCUCUCACCCCCACCCUUUGAACCCCAAACGGGAGACAUCUCUCCAUCUGGGGGAGAGACCCCCGGGGCUCUUCCGGACAAUCACCCCGCCUCGGGCUUCCUCUGUGAACUUGGGCGCAGGGCCGAAGAGACUGAGUGGGGAGGGAACCCCUCUCUCCACAUUCAAAUCUGUUCAGCCGGGAUGUGUGAGAAGGGAGACAAAAGGCCUGUCUCCCUUCUCCACAGCCCAUAGCGCUCCUUGCGCUCCUUUUCCUGAUGAAAGCUGCUGCUUUCUGCCCCUUCCACGUAUUCCCUCAAGCCCAGGCUCCCCCAACUGGGGCAACUCUGGGGAGAACUCAGGGGGUGGGCUGCAUCCCCUCGCCUCCCCAACCUCACCUCAGGUGCUAGCUGGGGGGGCCUGGGGCUGAUACCCUUUGAUUCCUUCUAAGUAGCUGUGGGAAGCCUGGGGGCCCCUGGCCCCUAGCGGGGCGGGGGUCCUGGCUGCUCUGCCGGAGGCAGGGUGUCCUCGGGUGGGAACCUGUCGGCAAGCCCUGCCCCAAGCACACCUGCCUGCUGCCCAGAGAAGCUAAAGCGGGUCUGGGGAUGCCUUACAGAGCACCCCCAGGGGCCGCCCGCAUUGGGGGGCACACGCCUGGGCAUCAGCUUAUGGCUUUGCACCUCUGCACAAAUUGCCUCGGGGUGUGCCAGUGGGUGAGUGCGGCUGGGGGAAAGGGGAGGAAGCCCACCACCUUUGUGUGUAAGCCCGAGACUCUCAGCCAUCGUGACCUCUCAUCCCACCGCCUGCCCCCAGGAACCCCCAGCCUGGGCCAGAGGGCGGUGGUCUCUGUGCAGCAUCCUGUAAAUACACCAUUAUGGGGGAAAGGGGUAGAGAGGGAAAUAAAGGUCACAUCCUGGGGCUUCCAUGGAGCUCACACUCACAAUCGGGGUCUUGUGAUGAAUUUGGCUCUUGUCGGCCUCUCUCUGCUCCCUGGGUUAGUUUCCGUCCCCAGCCCACUGCCCACACACCGGGUUUAUCAGCGUAGGCCGGGAUGCUCUCCUGGGAAGGGGCUCACUCUUCAUUUUACUGAGAAGGGAACAGGCACAAAGAAGGUGGAGCAGCCCCAGCCAAGAGACUCAUCCUGUCCCUCACUGAGAUCUCACAGUCACAAGUCUUCCUUGACCCACAGAAAACUUUUCUCCCCCAUCCAUACAGUCCUGAGGGGUCUGUCCCAUCUUAGAAUUCAUUUACACCUCAAGGGGGCAAAGGGUGUCAGAUGAAUCCAAAUUUAAGUACAGUUAUCCCUUCCUGCACCAAGAUUUCUAUAUAUCAUGGAUCAGCAUAAGAAAUUAAAUGGGGAUUUUUUUGAAGUUUUGUGCAAGCUGCAAAUGACACAGAGCCUAUGAAAUCCAUAUUUUACAAUAAAGAACUGUCAACAACCCAUAAAAGAAA